CCCAAAUAGUUCCAUCAACACCAACACCAACAUUUACAACUGAGUCAACAGCUAGUGCCAGUGAAAAAUUUCAUGCAUCAGAAAGUUGGUUCUAUGGCUUCCUUAGAAGGUAUAAUUUUGCAAUGAGACGUAAAACAAAGAUUGAUCAGAAGCUUCCUCCUCAUAUUAACAUCAAAAUUCUCGAAUUUCAACAAUUUAUUAUUAAAAAACAAAAACAAUUUGAAUAUGAAAUUUCAGAAAUUGGAAAUAUGGAUAAAACUCCUGUUUAUUUUGAUAUGGUUUGGAAAUUUAACAAUAGAUAA